AUGGGUCAAUUUGCAACCCAACUAAACGCGAGGCCAGCCAGUACGUUACCCUCAAAUACGGAGGAUCCUCGAAAGGGCGUCAACGAGCAAUGCAAGGUCGUAAGCUUGAGGAAUGGGAGACAAUUGGAAGAAGUGACGAAGGAGGCAACAAGCAAGGAUGGAGGGGAGCAACAAGAAAAAGAAGUUGAGACUCUGACAGAUCCACCAGGUGAGAAAAGGGUCGUUGCGCCUAAGACGACCCCACAAGUACCUUAUCCUCAACGCCAGAUAAAGGCGAAGAAUGAGUCGUAUUACAAAAGUUUUCUUGAGCAAUUGAAUGAAUUACAUAUUAAUAUUCCUUUUACUCGAGCACUUGAACUAAUGCCUCAUUGGGUAAAAUUUUUGAAAGACAUGGUAUCGAAGAAACGAAAAUUCGGUGACCAUGAGAUGAUAGCCUUAACCGAACAAUGCAGUGCCAUUCUUACUCGCCCAAUUCCACCAAAGCUUGGAGACCCGGGUAAGUUUACGAUUCCAGUCGCUAUCGGAGGUAAGUUCUUUGCAAAAUCUCUAAUAGAUUUAGGAGCGAGCAUUAAUCUCAUGCCUUUCUCAGUUUUUCAAAGUUUGGGAUUAGGAGAUGUAAAAUUGGUAUCUGUGACUUUACAGUUGGCCGAUAGAUCACUCAUAUACCCAAAAGGAAUAGUAGAGGAUGUGCUAGUUAAAGUAGAUAAAUUCAUCUUUCCUGCAGAUUUUGUAGUUCUUGAUAUGGAAGAAGAUAAAGAAAUUCCUUUGAUUUUGGGAUGA